AUGGACGGGGAAAACAUGAUGAAGGAAGUUAAAGACAGGCUGAAAAGUCACCUUCGAUACAAGUUCACGUGGAUAAACGAGGGGACGUCUGACGGCCGCUCUCGACUCGACCACAUCUACACCAGGCUCUACAUCACUGAUCGGGCCUCGAGGUUUGACUUCAGAUCACACGAGAUACUGGACCACUUCAAAGUCUCAGAUCAGACGGGGCAGAUUACAGGACACUAUGAUCAGAUCGACUGCCUGGACAUUUUUACACCAGGAAGAAAGAGUUUCCAGCUCCCUGUGAGAGACGGACCCAUCCGCACAGUGAUGACCAAAGGCAUUGCUGGCAUCGGGAAGACAUUCGCUGUUCAGUUCUUCGCUCUGAACUGGGCAGAAGGAAAAUCUAACCAGGACAUCCAUCUGAUUUUCCUGCUUCCCUUCAGAGAGCUGAACAUGCUGAAACAGGGGGAGUACAGUCUGAUGCAGCUUCUCCUGCACUUCUACCCUCAACUGAGCCCACUGGAAAAUACCCCACAUCUCACCAGCAUGCACAUCCUGGUCAUCCUGGACGGUCUGGAUGAGAGCAGAUUCCCCCUGGACUUUGAUGGAGGUGGAAGAGUGAGUGACAUCGAUCAAAAAUCCACAGUCGACGUGCUGCUGACCAGUCUCAUCAGGGGGAGUCUGCUGCCCAACGCGCGGCUCUGGGUUACCUCCCGGCCGGCGGCGGUCAGCCAGGUUCCUGCUCACUAUAUCGACCAGAUGACAGAAGUCCAAGGCUUUACUGAUCAAGACAAAGAGAUUUACUUUAGAAAGAGAUUCAGCGACUCCACAGAAGUCCUGUCUUGUCUCAAAGGUAUGGUCAGCUUCUACUUCAUGGGACACAUCCCCAUCUUUUGUUGGAUCCUUGCUGAGGUGUUGAAGAAUGGAGACGAGAGGAGCCGAACCAUCAGAACAAUGACGGAGCUUUACAUUCACUAUUUACUCAUUCAAACACGGAGCUCCAAGCAGAAGUAUGGAGAGAAGGACUCAAAGAACGAGGCCAAAGAAGGUCUGUCAAGGUCACAGAACGCCGACAUGCUUUUAAAUCUGUCCAGGCUGGCCUUCGAACAGCUACAGAAAGGAAAUAUCCUUUUCUACGAGAAUGACCUCCAGGAGUGUGGCAUCGACGUGGAUGAAGCUUCUGUGUUUUGUGGGUUUUGCUCAGAAAUCCUGAAGCAGGAACGCGGCCUGUACCAACAGAAGAUGUUCAGCUUUGUGCAUUUAAGCUUUCAGGAGUUUCUGGCGGCUCUUCACGUGUUCCACUGCUGUGUCACCGAUCACGGCACCCUGACGUCUUUCCUCGGUGAGGACGUCACAAACCUGAGCUGGCUGGAGCUGCAGAAGAAGGUGGUGGAUAAAGCCCUUCAGAACCAGAAGGGGCAGUUCGACCUUUUUCUCUGUUUCUUCCUCGGAUUGUCACUGGAGUCCAAUCAGACGAUGCUGCAGGCGUUACUACCAGAGACGAAGAGCAGUACAGACACCUCGGAGGAAAUGAAGACGUACCUGAGAAGCUUCCACACAGGAAACCUCCCAGCAGAGAGGUGCAUGAACCUGCUGCUUUGCAAGUUUGAGCUGAAAGAGGAGCGAUUUCAGGAGGACGUCCUCAAGUACCUGAACGCAGGAGCAACAUUAUCCACUGUCGACUGCGCUGUACUGUCCACCAUGCUGCAGAUAUCUGGAGAGGUGAUUGAAGAACUAAACCUGACCAACUGUUUUAUUCCAUCUGCGGGUGUCCCGAAGCUUCUCCUGAAUUCCAAACAAUCCCCUCUGAGAGUUCUGGACCUGAAUAACUGCAGAUACAGUUAUCAGAAUGAAGCAGACAAUCCUGUGGCACAUUCCGAGGACAACCUUUCUGAAAAGCCCAAGACAAUGGAAAGCCGUGAGGACAUCGAUGACGAGUUAACCCUGCUCACUCUUAUUCCCACUGCCUUGAUCGGUCCAGUCUGUGAACUGGAGGAAUUCAGGAUGCCCGGCUGCUGCCUGAGAAGUAGAUGCUGUCAGGUGUUUGCCUCGACUCUCUGCUCCGACUCCCAGCUGAAGGAGCUCGACCUGAGUGGAAACCCGCUGCAGGAUUUAGGAGCUCAGCUGCUCUCUGCUGGACUCGGAAGUUCAAAAUGUAAACUGCAGGUCCUCAGGUUGUCCAGUUGUGGCAUCACGGAGGAGGGCUGCACCUCUCUGGCCUCAGCUUUGGAAUCCAACCCUUCACAUCUGAGAGAACUGGACCUGAGCUACAACUACCCAGGAGAGCUGGGGGUGAGGCUGCUCUCCGAGAGGCUGCAGAACCCCGAAUGCAGCCUGGAGAAACUCAAUGUGGACCAUAACGAAGAGCACUGGGUGAACACACAGCUUCUCGCUCAGUGUAAGUACCACUGCAUGUCUGCCAUGACAGCAAAUUUCACCUGUGAUCUGUCAUUGGACCCGAACACGGUGCACAAAUCCCUCAUCCUGUCCGACUGCGGCAGGACGGUGAGCCGUACCAAGGAGAAGCAGCCGUACCCUGAUCAUCCGGAGAGGUUCAGCACAAACCCUCAGCUGCUGUGCAGGGAGGCUCUGACCGGGCGCUGCUACUGGGAGGUGGAGUGGAACGGGCGCACGAGGGUCGGCGUGGCCUAUAAAAGUAUACCGAGGAAGGAACGGCUGAAGUCGAGUUUUAAACACAGCGACAAGUCCUGGUGUCAUGUCAGCACCUUAUUAGAAGGUUUCUACUUUAAACACAACAACAAGAGCACGUACAUACCAGCUUCUCAGGGGCACACCAAAGCAUUCAGGUCCAGAGUCAGGAGACUGGGACUGUUUCUGGACUGGCCGGCCGGCACGCUGUCUUUCUAUCAGCUGUCAGGAGAAACCAAAACUCUCAUUCAUACCUUCCACACCACCUUCACGGAGCCCCUAUACCCAGCAUUCCUUGUGGAUGCUGGGACCUUGACUCUGUGCAGUGUGGGGACGCCGACCGUGGACAAGCUGGGAGCCACCGAGCGUCUCACGUUGGCCUGCCUCUGCAUCCUGCAUGAAGACCGGUGA